ACCAAUUGUUCCAUAAUUUAGAGCACAAAAUAGACUUCAAUAAUUUUAAUAAAUAUUAGUUACAAAUUUAUUUAAAAUGUUUCAAAUCACUACAAUAUUUGUAGUAUGUAUGAUUUGUGUCAUAGCAAGUGAGCCAGCUAAAGCUAAAGGUAAAGCCAAUGCCAAUAAUAAUGCAAAUAAGAAAGAGGAGGAAAGGGUGGAAGCGGCUAUGAAUCAGUUUUUCGAGAAAUACUGCAAUGAGGAGAACCCUGAUACUUUGACCAAGUUGGAGGCGUGCGAGAAACACGAACCACAAGAGUUGAAACAGAUAGAAAGGGAGUGUUUGAUUAAAGUGGCCAAUAUAACGGAUAAAGUAACCUACAAAGAGAUGAUCAAGAUUGAAUGCGAUCAAACGUUGGGCGAUAAGUUUGACAAAUGCGAAAACGAUAAAAUGACUAAAAUGAAUCUGGAGAAAAAAUAUCCAAAUCUUCAACAAAUUGUUAAAAAGAUUAUGCCUAAGAUUUAUGCGUUACAAUUACAAUUUGUAUUCCUAUUAGUAGACCGCAUCAAGAUGCGAAAGUACCAGAAUUGUAGUUCAUUUGGCGAAUAC